CUCUCCACCACCAUGACGACGAGGCCCGACGGCGGCGGCGGCGUGGGUGGCGGCGGCGACGGACCGGAGGACAAGCAGCUCGUUCCGGUGUCCGCGAACGGGACGAAUGGCGGCGGCGGCGCGCUGGCGGUGCGCAAGGCGCCAUCCAAGGACCGGCACAGCAAGGUGGACGGCCGGGGGCGGCGCAUCCGGAUGCCCAUCAUCUGCGCGGCGCGCGUGUUCCAGCUCACCCGCGAGCUGGGGCACAAGUCCGACGGCCAGACCAUCGAGUGGCUGCUCCGCCAGGCCGAGCCCUCCAUCAUCGCCGCCACCGGCUCCGGCACCACCCCGGCCUCCUUCUCCACCUCCUCGCCCUCCUCCCUCCGCCCCGGAGGCCCCGGCGCGGGCCACGCGCACGCCCAGCCUCUCGCCGCCUCGCCGCACCCCGGCCACCACCACCACCUCCCGCACGCCGCGCCCUUCAUCCUCGGCAAGCGCGCCCGCGACGACGACAACGGCGGCAACGGCAACGGGGCCGCGCACGGCGAGGCGGCGACGGCGGUCACCGCGGCCAUGGGCCCGGCCCCGGGGUUCUGGGCGCUGCCCGCGCGGGGCGACUUCGGGCAGCUGUGGAGCUUCGCGCCGCCGCCGGAGAUGAUGGUGGCGGCGCCGGCGAUGGCGGGGGAGGCCUCCGCCGCCCGGGUCGGCAACUACCUGCCCAUGGCGCAGGCCAACCUGAACCUGCUCGCCUCCUUCUCCGGUGGCCCCGGCGGCGCCGGGCAGGCCACCGGGCGGGCCGAGGAGGAGACCGCCCACUGAACUGGCGGCGGCUGUGCAGGGCUUUAGGGCUAGGGUUUCUUCCCCUUGGGUGCGUGUCAACUCCGGGCGCAGAUUGCUUCCUUUUGGGGUCAAUUUCCAUGGUUCCUCCGGCAAAGAGGAAAAGAUUACUGAAAGUGUUCAUCAGACAAGGUGGUGCUGGUGGCGUCAGUCAAUUCAGUGCGAAUUAAGCUUGCUCCUCUGCUCCUUCUCUCUAGUCUCUUCUUCUCAGUUAAGUUCAGAUGGUUAGGUCAGGUCAGUUCAGGUCAAUUGGGUCUCUAAAUUUCUGCGGGUAGCAACAGCAAUUCUUGCUCCUUUUUUCAUGUAAAAAUCAAUCAUCAUGGGUCGAGGUCGUGUGGGUUCCUAUUACUUUCUAGCCAGUCAGUCAAAUGUAGUUCCCUUUUCUCUCUUGGUUUGCUUUGUGCUGCUGAUUCCAAGAAAGAAGAAGAAGAAAAUGCUUGCACAAUUCUCAAAUGUCCACAAUUCUGCAUCAAGAUGGAGGAUGAGCAAGCAUGGCCUUCAGUAAGUUGCUCCUCUGCUCUGCUUCUUAGGUCUUCUUUUUUCAGUUUUUUUUUCUUCAUUUCUUUUGUGCUCUGGAUUGAAUUAGUGCUUGGUGAGAAUAAUAAUAAGUGACUGUUGUUAGCUCA